GAACCCCCAUCAUUGGUGUAUGGGGACAACACUCCAACCAAAUAAGCUUCUCAGCCAAAGCCAAUCCCUGCUGGGUUUUACAGCCAGAAGUUAUGGGGACCUCUCCUCCUGGCACUGGAACCUUGGUUGGGAAUCCUGGUGUGAGGCUGGGUCCCUUGCUCCUGAGGGGGGACCUCCACACAGCUCAGAUUUGAACAUGGAAUUCAAUCCUUCAGACCAUCCUCGAGCCAGCACAAUAUUUCUCAGUAAAUCUCAGACAGACGUGAGAGAAAAACGCAAGAGUCUCUUCAUUAACCAUCAUCCUCCAGGACAAAUAGCAAGGAAAUACAGCUCCUGCUCCACUAUUUUCCUAGACGAUAGCACAGUCAGUCAACCAAACCUCAAAUAUACAAUUAAAUGUGUAGCUCUCGCAAUAUAUUAUCACAUCAAAAACAGAGACCCAGAUGGAAGGAUGCUCUUAGAUAUUUUUGAUGAAAACCUUCAUCCUCUUUCGAAAUCUGAAGUGCCACCAGAUUAUGACAAACACAACCCAGAGCAGAAGCAGAUUUACCGGUUUGUUCGGACACUGUUCAGUGCUGCUCAACUGACGGCUGAAUGUGCCAUUGUCACUCUGGUAUACCUUGAAAGACUUUUAACAUAUGCAGAGAUAGAUAUCUGUCCCGCCAACUGGAAACGAAUUGUUCUCGGUGCGAUUCUGCUGGCCUCCAAGGUGUGGGAUGACCAGGCUGUGUGGAAUGUGGAUUACUGCCAGAUCCUGAAAGACAUCACAGUGGAGGACAUGAAUGAGCUAGAGCGACAGUUUCUUGAAUUGCUCCAGUUCAACAUCAAUGUUCCUUCCAGUGUUUAUGCCAAGUAUUAUUUUGAUCUUCGGUCUCUGGCAGAAGCAAAUAACCUGAGCUUUCCUUUGGAGCCCCUGAGCAGGGAAAGGGCUCACAAGCUUGAGGCCAUCUCUCGCCUCUGUGAGGACAAGUACAAGGACCUGAGGAGACCCACGAGGAAGCGGUCAGCGAGUGCUGACAAUCUGACUCUGCCUAGGUGGUCCCCGGCCAUCAUCUCCUAACUGGGCAUCCCCACUGGAGGCUGUACCAUCCCUCAGUUUCUCCUUUAGUUUGAGAAAAGACAGACUUGGGAUGGUUUUGUUUUUGUUUCCCUUUUUUGGUUUUGUUAAAGUCAUAACUCCAUCAGGCUGCUUCAAUGGCUGCCUUUGAGCUGUGUGGCCCACAUGCAGCAAGGCUUUGAGGGAAGCAAAAUCAGUAUUCUGGAAAUCCUGUUUCACACCUUGCCCUGUCAUCAUUAACAGCACUUCCUUCUUGGAAGAUAAAGACUCGAAUCCUGGAGGAGGAAGUAAAGGGAAAGGAAAGUUGUGUAGAAGCAGGAAAAAUAGCUAAUGACAUGGCCAUUUCUUAAGUCCCCCAUCUGGUCAGUAGGUGAAUAUGACCGAAAACAACAGUAGUUAACACAGUUAGAUGUUCAUUAAAGACAAGAGUGCUGCCUUUAUCACCUCUGUCUGGAUCAGUCUGUUCUUUAAGACUUCUUGCAUCCCUUCUAACUGCUAUUUGGGGAUUUGGGGGAUUUUUGUUGGUUUUUAUUCUGUUUUGGUUUUGGCCCCACAGAGCAGAGAAUAUAGUUUGUACCAUGGCACAGACAUCCAAAUAAAUAGUACUGGUUGUUUCUCUCUGCGCUAUUCCUGUGAGCUGUCUCCUGAGCUUUCUUCCUCACAAGUGGAAUGCACUUGUUACAUUUCUCUACGACUUUAUUUUAUACACUUUUUCUUCAACAAUGGCAAAAUUAACUUGACAAUAGUGCUGAACCAAAAGUAUCCCUUUCCUUCUUUAUUCCGAACCUCCCCCCCAAAAAAAAAAUUCUAGAUAAACAUGGGUGCUUGUGCCUUCCAAUUUUCAUGCAGUUGUUCUUUUUAUCUGACCUGAAGUUGUAGGUAUAAAUCAGUCACACCUCAUGGGCCAAGGAAACAAUGUGCAGUAGAAGCUGUCCUUGGUUGAGAUUUUUUUCCAGAUUGCUUGGUGUUUGCCUGAAGUUAUUGAGUAGGAGCCAUUUCUUUGUACUCCCUGCCCAGUUUGUUCCUCUACUUCUGCAUCCAUUGUUGCAAGCAAUAUUCUUAUCAAUUUUUAUAUGUUUAUUUUAAAUCAAAGUUAGUCUAUUUGUAUAAAUUUUUUUAAAAAUUUAAAAUUAAAAAAUGGGGGUGGGGUGGGUAGUCCAGUGGGGAGAUUAUUGGAGGGCAAAAUGUUACUAUUUGCUGAGAUAUUUUUCACAGAAUGAUUGAAUAAAAAAAAACACAACA